AUGGCCAAAGUUUUGCUUACAGGUGGAAGCGGCUUUAUCGCUGCCCAUGUGUUGGACAUCUUGCUGGACCAUGGGUUCAACGUCGUAACCACGGUUCGCUCCCAGACCAAGGGAGACUGGAUCCUGAAAGCACACCCAGGGCUUUCACAGGAGAAGCUAUCCUAUGCCGUGGUGGAAGAUAUUGCCAAGGAAGGCGCUUUUGACGAGGUAUACAUCUCUCUCUCUCUCUAUCUUUGUUUCUAUUGGCAAUUGCUGACUGAUAAGGUCGUCAAAUCGGCACCCUUCGACUAUGUGAUCCAUACCGCCUCGCCAUUUCACUUUAAAUUCUCCGACCCAGUCAAGGAGAUUCUCGACCCUGCCAUUAAGGGUACAGAGGGCAUUCUCAAGGCAAUCAAAGCCAGCGCUCCCACGGUGAAACGGGUGGUCAUCACUUCAUCUUUCGCUGCUAUCGUAAAUGCCCCAGUACAUAAAAAGCUUUACGAUGAGUCAGUUUGGAAUCCUGUGACAUGGGAGGAGGCUAUCAGUGACAAAGCCUUGACUUACAGAGCCAGCAAGACUUUUGCUGAGAAAGCAGCCUGGGAAUUUGUGGAAAAAGAGAAGCCAAACUUCGAUCUUGCCACCAUCAACCCUCCUUUCGUUUUUGGUCCUGUGAUCCACUACCUCAACAGCCUCGACAGUCUGAACACUUCCAACGAACGAAUUUACGAUCUCGCCACUGGCAAGGCCAAAGACGGCCUGCCCCCGACAGGCACAUUCUUGUGGGUUGAUGUCCGCGACACUGCGCUUGCCCACGUCAAAGCAAUCGAAGUCGCCGAAGCUGGUGGCAACCGCUUUUUCACAACUGCAGGAUUCAUGUCGAACAAGGCCAUUGUGGAUGCGAUCCGUGAGACUCACCCGGAAUAUGUGGCUAAUUUACCUGAGAAUGGCGUGGAUGACACUCCGGCCGAUAUUUACAAGAUUGACAACUCCAAGGUUAAGAAUGUCCUCGGUAUUAAGUUUAGAACUCUGAAGGAGUCUGUCGACGACACUGUCUCUUCAUUUGCCACGUGGUCGGUCUCGGCUGCCGUACUACCAAGCUCCCGUUCCGCAGCAAAUUCGCAACUUUUCUCUCAUCAGCCUCCGUUGCGCAAUAGGGAACAGCAUCAACCCCCCUGUGAAGCCAUGGCAACCCACAGGCUGUCGCCCACGGCGAAUUUACUGAGGAAUUCUCGUCUUUUUGCCUUACCAACGGCCCUCAAUCCUCCCCCGAGGGCAGUCACAUCCAAGACAAUUGCCGAAUCCAGCUCGGCCACAGGUCCACACCCUAUCCGAGCAGCAAUUGAAUCGCCGCCAUCGGCUCUCGCAAGAGGAGAAUGGGGACUCAAACGGGCUCUUCCCGCAAAGUCUACCACCGAAAGGUCGAGUACGCCGACGAUUCGUGUAAACGCGCUGGACACCUUUGAGCAGGUCACCGAUUUCGACUCCGCCGGGGAUCACACCAUGACGCUUCAGAAAUUCCAAGAGUUUCAUCUACCCAUCUCACUGCCUUCGUCUGCACCAAAGAGCACAACCGAUUUUGUCAGACGAGCCCAUCAGAGCCCCUUUGAGUCUCACCUGGACAAUGUUUCCGCAAGCGAGGGAUCGGAAGGGUCUCAAGUCUACAAACACGCUGGACCAUGGUUGGGUGGACAAUCCGAGGUUCAGUUUCAGAGAUAUCUGGAGCAGCUUCGCAGUCAAAAGCCAAAGUUGCUUUCAAAGCUACGAAAGCAAUAUAGCGAAAAGGUAGCCAUUCAACGCAGGACGGAGGCACAGGACAAAGGCGAAUUGGACGACCAACCAAUCAAGAAAUCGGCGAAAGUCACCAACGAAGAAUUCAAGGCAUGGUUGAAGACUCUUAGGACAGAUAAGAGAAAGGCGGGAGCGGAGAUGACUCGUCUUUUGGACUUGCAUAGCUUGUCUGCCGAUAUCCCUGUCACGAUGAUCGGAAGAAAAGAUUAUUACGAAGCGACCGCUACCAGGCUAUCUUCGGUUCAGUAUGCCCAUUCCGGUCCUCCGAGAACGCAUCCAUCAGCAGGUCUCGCAUACUCCCGAUCUGGUGCGUUGGUUUAUAACCAUCCCUCUUACGGUCCUCAGCUGCGCGAGCGCCCUGUUGAGGCGAGGUGCUUGGGCUCGAAGAGCAGAAAGCGGAGAACCAGACGACGCGCUGUCCUAGGAGUUGGUGGUAUGGUGCUCGAGGACGAAACCGACAAUUCCGACGACCACCUCCGAGGUCUCGAAUAUCUCGACCCAAGCAUUCCCGGCGGCGGCAGAGUGUAUGUCUCUCCCCGACGAGCAUCGAUAGCGGCCAACGGCACUGUCAAUUUGGAAAUUAGCAGGGCUGAGAAGGACGUGCUGGCUCCGUACGAUCUGGCCAACUAUCUGCCACCAAGGUCUACAAAUAUCUCCAACGCUGCGCGCACUACUCAGCGUGCUGUGCCCAGGUUGGAUGCGUCGCGUCAAGGAACUGUCUCGGACCUUCUCGCUGGACGGCCCAGGAUGCACGGAUGCCAAGCCCACACAAGAUUUCCAUAUGGAAACCAAAUUUCCCCAACUCACGAGGAGAACAAAAACCACAUAAACCAAAUAAACCAAACCGUCAACAUGGGUCGCGUCAGAACAAAGACUGUUAAGAAAUCGGCCAAGGUCGUCAUUGAGCGUUACUACCCCCGGUUGACGCUCGAUUUUGAGACCAACAAGCGUCUCUGCGAUGAGAUUGCCAUUAUUGCCUCGAAGCGUCUUCGCAACAAGAUUGCUGGUUACACCACACACUUGAUGAAGCGUAUUCAGCGCGGCCCUGUUCGCGGUAUCUCCUUCAAACUCCAGGAGGAAGAGCGUGAGCGCAAGGAUCAAUACGUUCCUGAAAUUUCCGCUUUGGAUGUUUCUCAGACCGAGUCCGGUCAACUCGAAGUUGAUGCCGAGACCAAGGAUCUUCUGAAGAGCUUGGGCUUCGACUCGCUCAAGGUCAACGUCACCAACGUUGCUCAACAACAGGUCAUCGAGCGUCCUCGUCGUUUCCGAUAG